AAAAAGGCCGUUUAAAAAUCAUUAGCCCAAUAGGCAACAGGCGAUAGACAGACAUAAACGGCGACGAGCGGUGUGUCCAUCAUCAGUGAACAAUCAAUCGGGUGAUCAGUUUCUUUUCGGUGACGACAAUCAAUCAUUUUGGUCCACAAUUUCUUUCAUUUUUUGUCACAGUAGUAGAGUAAAUGGCACUCAAAAGGAUACAAAAAGAGUUGCAAGAGUUGCAAAAAGAUCCGCCGCCCAGAUGUUCGGCACAGCCAGUCGGUGACGACCUAUUUUCAUGGCAGGGCGUUAUAGAAGGUCCGCCCGACACGCCAUACGAAGGCGGUGCCUUCAAAAUCAAGAUACAGUUUCCGAAAGACUAUCCGUUUCAUGCGCCGCACAUUAAAUUCACGACAAAAAUAUAUCACCCGAACAUUACACCCGACGGUUCCAUAUGUCUGGACACACUCAAGAAGAACUGGAGCUGCGCUUUCACUAUCACUCAAGUAAUGCUAUCAAUACAACAGCUCCUAUCGGAUCCCAAUCCGGCCGAUCCAUUGGUUCCACAAAUUGCCCGACAAUAUCAAACUAAUCGACAAGAAUACAAUAGAGUAGCCAAACGCUGGACUACUAUAUAUGCCAAACAAAAUGAUAAUCAAACCAAUGAAAAAAAAUAAUAGCAAUUCCUAUGAAAUGAUUAUUUUAAUGAUUACAAGUUUUAUGUUUUAAUCCA